AUGCAUGAGAAAGGUCAGUGUUCAAGCAAAUAUAUGUGCAAGACGUGCGGAAAGAAACACAAUACUUUAUUGCACUUUGAAGCAAAAAAAGAAGCGAGGAACGAAAAGCAAACAACACUGAUAGCUACGACGUCAAAUAAUGUAACAACGGCCAAUACGGAUGGCAAUUCAUCGCAAGUACAAGUUUUAUUAACAACGAAAAAUGAAGCAAAUUUAUUACCAGUGGCGUUCGUGAAUGUUUUGGCAAAAAAUGACGAUUUGGCAAAUUAUGAUCAUUUACAAAAUUUAUUAUACGCCGAUCCAACGGUAAAUGACGACGGUGAAAUUGAUUUACUGUUGGGAGUGGCUGAAUUUUCUAAAAUUGUUAAGCACGGUUUGAUCAAGGGUGCCGAAGAUUCGCCAAUUGCAAUGAACUCUGAAUUGGGCUGGCUCAUCAUGGGUCCGCAAAAUGUUGACGGCAUUGAGAGUGAGGACAAUGAGCCAGAAAUGUCUGAAGAAGAAAGAUAUUGCGAAGAACAUUACGUAAAAAAUACAGAACGAGACGACGAUGGCCGAUUGAAUGUUUCAAUGGCAUUUAAAAAUGAAAAAUGGCCAGAGCUUGGCGAUUCGCGCAAAUCGGCUUUAGCGACUCUGUUCCAGUUAGAAAAAAGAUUCGAAAAAAACCAAGAAUUAAAGAAACAGUACAGCGCCGUAGUGAAGGAAUCCAUUGAGAGUGGACAUUUAGUUUUGGUAGAAAAUCCGCCAAAUGAAGCGCAUUACAUUCCUCAUCACGCAGUGUUCAAGGAGAGCACAACCACAAAAUUGAGAUCAGUGUAUAAUGCGUCACAGAAAACUUCAAAUGGUAAAUCUUUAAAUGAACAGCUGGCAGUCGGAAAAAUUGUGCAACCGUCGAUCUUCGAAUUAAUGCUACGAUGGAGAGAAUCGAAAAUUGCAAUCGUCGCUGAUCUUGAAAAAAUGUACAAACAAAUCAGACUCAAUGAAAAGCAGCAACAUCUUCAGAUGAUUUUGUGGCGUAAUUCGGGCACUGAGCGCAUCAAAAGCUAUAAAAUGACAACAGUUACGUUUGGAUUAAAAAAUUCGUCAUUUCUCGCCAUAAGAUCAUUGCAUGAAAUUGCAAAAAUAAUCGAAAAUAAAUAUCCACGAGCAGCAAAAGCAAUAAUGAAAUGUUUUUACGUCGAUGAUUACACGGGCGGAGCAGAAUCUGUCGAAGAAGCAUUGUGCACGUAUCGAGAAAUGAAAAAGGCAUUUGAUGAAUUUGGCUUCAAUUUACGCAAAUUAGUAAGCAAUUCGACGGAGUUAUUAAAAUGUGUGCCAGGCUGCGACAAAGAAGAACAAAAUAAAUCGUUUGUGAAAGCAUUGGGUAUUCCGUGGAAACCUGAAACCGAUGAGUUCAUUUUUCAAAUCACUGUUAAUUUGAAAUCAAAACCAGAAACGAAGCGACAAUUGUCCUCUGAAAUCGCGUCAUUGCAAUAUGAUCCUCUUGGAUGGAUCGCUCCGGUCAUUGUCAAAGCAAAAAUAUUGUUUCAAGAUGUGUGGCAAUUAAAAAAGGAAAAUAAAAAAUCGUAUGAUUGGGAUGACAAAUUGCCAAUCGAAAUCAUCGACCGUUGGAUGUUGUUUAAAUCACGAUUGAGUGCAUUGAACUCAAUAAAAAUGCAGCGGUGGCUUGGUACUACAGUAAAUACAAAAGUAGAGGUGCACGGUUUCUGCGACGCUUGUAAAAAAGAACUUUCUGCGAAUGUGUAUGUACGAUUUGUAAACGAAAAUCAACAAGUAAACGUAAUGCUAGUAGCAGCAAAAACGAAAAAUGCUCCAAUGAUUGAACAAACAAUUCCGAAAUUGGAGUUAUGUGCAACCGUUUUGCUGGUAAAAUUGGUGAAAUCCGUACGAAAAGCAAUGAGCAUGAACAUUGAAAAAACUGUUCUUUAUAGCGAUUCAAAGGUCGCAUUGGCGUGGAUUGGUUCAGAUCCACUACGAUAUAAAAAAUUUGUCGCGUCAAGAAUAAAAGAGGUGAACAAAAGCGUUGAUUCGAAAGAAGUUUUGGAUCACCAAUGGGCAAACGACGAUCAAAAAGCAGCUCAAAAACUGCGUCAUUUGCAGGAAAUUUCGCCCGAAAACAGCUCAUCAAAUGAUGGGCAAUUUGCCGACGACGAGGACAACAGUCGUGAAUAA